UUAUUUGCUGACUUUGCCAUCCUGAAAGAAGAUGGGAAAGGGCUACAAAGUAGUGAUUUGUGGAAUGGCAUCAGUGGGAAAAACAGCAAUUUUGGAGCAGCUUCUCUAUGGAAAACAUACUGUUGGUUUAGAAGAGGGUGCAACAGUGGAAGAUGUGUAUUUGGCUUCAGUCGAAACAGAUCGUGGGGUAAAGGAACAGUUACGUCUCUAUGACACUACAGGUCUGCAAGAGGGAGUAGAGUUUCCAAAGCAUUACUUCUCUGUUGCUGAUGGUUUUGUUCUUGUGUAUGCUGUGAACAGCCUUGAAUCCUUCCAGAGAGCAGAAGUGAUCAAAAAAGAGAUUGACACAGUCAGAGACAAAAAAGAGGUGACAAUUGUUGUCUUAGGAAACAAAACUGACCUCACAGAGCAAAGACAAGUGGAAACAGAAAAAGCACAGCAAUGGGCAAAGGCUGAGAAGGUGAGACUGUGGGAGGUGACAGUGACAGAUCGGAAAACGCUCAUUGAACCUUUCACUUCAUUAGCCAGCAAGCUUUCCCAAUCCCAGAACAAGUCAGCAUUUCCCUUGCCUGGGAGGAAGAGCAAAGGCAAUAACUGUGAUAACUAAAAACCCCUAUUCCACGGGAAGCUGUUUAUCUGCUGCUGCAAGGGCAUAGUGUCUCUUUUUCUCUGCCAAUUGCUUGGCAUGUUUUUGCUGAGGCAACACUGAAUUCAGAAUUAAAAGCAGCAAAGUCGUAAAUGUAGCUGUCCUUCAAUCCAGUAUUUGCUUGGAAAACCACAGCCAGUCAAGGUCUAAAGCACUCCGCAAGGGAGCACUUUGUAAAAAUGUUGUAAUGGUCACUGGGGACGGGGGCGUUGUUUUUAGUGGGAAGCUCUAUUAAAGCCCACUUCAGCACAGAGAUGUACAGCAGUGAUGGCUGUCUACAUCCCCACACAUGGCCACUUCAGGGUGCUACUGGGUCAAGUUCACAAGUGGACAAUUAGUAAACUACUCCAUAUGCAGCUGUCCAGCCUCUGAUGUUCCCCUUUUGCAAUUGCAAAAGCUCCUGGCUGCAGCAAAGGAGAAAGGGCUUAUCUAUCUUCCCAUGGCUGGGAAAGGGUACAUGUGAUGUUGUUUCAGCUCCUUUGCGCCUCACUUACUACCCAUGGGUGGUGUACACAGUUGGAGGAGUUCCACGACAGCUGAGCGAGAAUACUCCAGGAGAAAUAGACAAGAACAUUGCCUACCUGGCAGGGAUAUCCGAGCAUCAAUGUUCCUGCUGCAUGUGGAAAUAGAGACAUUCCAUGAGAGAUCCUCAGAUAGGUCAGGCCUGACUUGCAACUAGCGAUCAAAGCCUGGAACGUGAUGUGGCUUCCUUGUAGUUUCCACUAGACUCAUCCAAUAUGGAAAGUGACCUUUACUGUUAUGUGGUGUACAAAACAAAAGCUUGAGGAGCAAUUAAAAAAAAAAUCUAACCCUUGGGGGAGGGUAGACUAACUAUGUAAUUUUGUUCCACUUUUAUAUUGCUGCUGUCAACUGAAGCAAAA